AUGAAGGUGGAAGAGGAGGGGGGGGGAAGUACUUUAAGAGAAGGAAUAUUAGCAAAGUCGAUCAUGGAUGGAUCCACGCAUGGAUAUGAAUCAGCCGUUCCGCGUCCGAGCGCAUCGUCCGGUGAUGGAAGGGAUUCAGGAGAGAGGAAGGAGGAGGAGGGGAAGCCCGAGCUAGGCCAAGAAAGGAAGAACCGAAUGGGAGGACAAGGAAAAAAAGGCUGUAGAGCGGCGGCGGCAGGUGGUCACAUAGGCAGGCAGGUAAAAAUCAAUUGGUUGGAUCUGGAGAACAGCUCAAGGAGAAGGAAAGGAAGUGUAAGGGGAGAGUCGACAUCGAACCAUGCAGGGAGCUGUUGGCGUGAAGAGGGGAAGUUGGGCACCGGAAAAGGGAUUAUCAACAAUGUGUCGCGAGACUACAUAUGGCUGGAGUUGGCGACAAAAAGGAUUUCAAGGGUAAGUGGAGGGGAGGGGGAGGGAAACAUAAUGAUCAAGGUGAUGAACCGGAUGAAUCGGCGGCUGGAAGAGCCUGAGGGAGGGAAAGGGGAAGGGAAGGGAAAGGGGAGAAAGGGCAAACGGAGUCUCUGCGAAAACGGAAUUGAAUCCAGUAGGGAUUGCAAACACCCGACGAGGGAUCGGAUGGUUCCGGAUAUCAUCUGGGAAUGUGAGACAACAGAUACGGGAUCUGCCCGAGUCGAGAGCGCGGGAUUGUUGAGAAUGGAAGGCGGGACCCGGGCAUUGAAGGAUGGACCUAGUAGUGUAAGGGAGUGA